AUGUCAGCAUACAUGCACAAGGAAUUCUGUCAGUUGCAGCCCAUGCAGCAUAGUGGACAUGUGAAGGGCGACAUCAAAAAUGCUCCUGCCACCUUGGCAUCUCCCGAGUACAGUGCCAAUCAGAAUCUCAUGGCAGUAGACCAGAGUCCAGUGUACCUUUCUCCCUAUAUGGAAAACAGACAUGAUUAUUCCUCUAUAGCUUUCUGCAGCCCUUCUGUUAUAAACUACAAUGUACCGGGAAAUUCUAGUGAUUCUGAGAGUUCCAUCAUGAGACAGACUAUGAGCCCAAGUUUAAUGUGGACAGCUCCAGAUCAUAUGUCCCCGGUGACUUUACAUUGCCAGUCCUCACUGUUGUAUGCAGAGCCACCCAGGAGCCCAUGGUUUGAAGCCAAACCUGAAGAACAUGUUCUGCCAAUUAACCGGGAAGUCAUGAAAAGAAAAUCCAUAGGAGGUGAAUGUACUAAUCAUAUUGGAAGUAACCCGGGCUCGAAAAGAGACACCCACUUCUGUGCAGUGUGCAGCGAUUACGCCUCUGGUUACCACUAUGGAGUCUGGUCUUGUGAGGGCUGUAAAGCUUUCUUCAAGAGGAGCAUCCAAGGACACAAUGAUUAUAUCUGCCCUGCUACAAACCAGUGCACCAUAGACAAAAACAGGCGAAAAAGUUGUCAAGCAUGUCGACUGCGCAAGUGCUUUGAAGUGGGGAUGAUGAAAUGUGGAACAAGGCGUGAACGUUGUGGGUACCGCAUUAUACGCCAUCGCCGCCACUCUGAGGAUCAAAUGCAUUGCUUUGGGAAAAGCAAGAAAAUAAUUGAAAACAUAGGCAGAGUUAAAGAAGUUCUUCCCUGUGCCUUGGGCCCAGAGCAGUUUGUGUUAUCGUUAAUUGAAGCGGAACCCCCCAAUGUUUUAUUAAUGAAUCGCCCUUGCAAACCUUUUACUGAAGCGUCCAUGAUGAUGUCACUGACUAAGCUCGCUGACAAGGAACUGGUUCACAUGAUAGCAUGGGCAAAGAAAAUACCAGGCUUUGUGGAAUUGAGUCUAUAUGAUCAAGUUCGCUUGUUGGAGAGCUGCUGGCUGGAAGUUCUAAUGAUGGGACUCAUGUGGAGGUCAAUAGAACAACCUGGAAAGCUUAUCUUUGCACCUGAUCUCACUGUUGACCGGGAUGAAGGCAAAUGCGUGGAAGGAAUUUUGGAAAUCUUCGAUAUGCUGCUGGCUACAACUUCAAGAUUUCGAGAGCUUAAACUUCAACACAGAGAGUACCUGUGCCUGAAGGUCAUGAUCCUGCUGAAUUCUAACAUGUUUCCAUUAUCAAGCUCUGAGGAGGAAUCAGACAGCAGCAGGAAACUGCACCACCUCUUAAACACUGUCACUGAUGGACUGGUCUGGGUCAUAGCCAAGAGUGGAAUUCCCUUCCGGCAGCAGUCCUCCCGUUUGGCCAACUUACUGAUGUUGCUUUCCCAUGUGCGGCAUGCCAGUAACAAAGGGAUGGAGCAUCUGCUUAGCAUGAAGUGUAAGAACGUGGUGCCUGUCUAUGACUUGCUGCUAGAGAUGCUGAACGCUCACACACUCCGGGAUCAUAGAAAGCCGAUGGCAGCUGCCAGCUACUGUGCCAAAGCAGACGGUAGGGACCCCAGCUCCCAGCCACCUCAGUGA